GCUGACGAGGCAGAGAAGAGUCUCUCCAGAUCAGAACACCAGAUGGGUUACCAGGACAACGCUAGCCCUUCCGUCCUCCCGGAGUUCCCGUGUUGUGCCUCUUCUGGUAGCGCCUUACUGCUGGGUAUGAAGAGGUUGUCUGUGCUGCUGGUGGACUGCAGGAAAACAACGGGGCUGAGUGGAACUGUGAGAGGAGGAGGAGAGAAGAAAGGAUCAGAUUUGACUCAUCAAAGAGGAAAACCAACCUUGGAGGAACCAAAGACGUCCAACCCAGCAAGACGACACCUCUGCUCCCAUUGUGGAAAAAGUUUUAACCAGUUAGUUAGCUUGAAAAGACAUGAGAGGGUACACAUAAGAACGAAGCCACUCCAUUGCUCCCAGUGUGGAAAGAGUUUUAAGCGGUUAGACACCCUCAAAGCUCAUGAGCGAAUACACACAGGGGAGAAAAGACACCAGUGUUCCCACUGUGGAAAGUGUUUUAACCAGUUAAGGGACCUGAAACAACAUGAGAGAAUACACACAGGGGAGAAGCCUUAUCACUGCUCCCAGUGUGGCAAGUGUUUUAACCAGUUAGGGAACCUGAAACAACAUGAGAGAAUACAUACAGUUGAAAAGCCUUACCAGUGUUCCCACUGUGGAAAGUGUUUUAACCAGUUAUGGGACCUGAAACAACACGAGAGAAUACACACAGGGGAGAAGCCUUACCACUGCUCCCAGUGUGGAAAGUUUUUCAGCCAGUCAGGGGAGCUGAAACGGCAUGAGAGAAUACACACAGGGGAAAAGCCUUACCACUGCUCACAGUGUGGAAAGGGUUUUAACCAGAAAAGCAACCUCAACCAACAUGAGAGAAUACACACAGGAGAGAAGCCUUACCACUGCUCCCAGUGUGGAAAGAGUUUUAACGAUUUAGGGAGCCUGAAAAAACAUGAGAGAAUGCACACAGGGGAGAAGCCUUACCACUGCUCCCAGUGUGGAAAGUGUUUUAACGAUUUAGGGAACCUGAAAAAACAUGAGAAUACACACAGGGGAGAAAAGCCUUACCACUGCUCCCAGUGUGGAAAGAGUUUUACCCACUUGUGUAAUCUGAAAACACAUGAGAGAAUACACACAGGAGAAAAGCUGUACCGCUGCUCCCAGUGUGGAAGGAGUUUUACCCACUUACGUAACCUGAAAACACAUGAGAGAAUACACACAGGGCAGAAGCCUUACCAUUGCUCCCAGUGUGGAAAGAAUUUUACUCACUUAAAUAACCUGAAAACACACGAGCAAUUACACACGGGGGAGAAGCCUUACUGCUGCUCCCAGUGUGGAAAGUGUUUUAACCAGAAAAGCUACCUGAAAAAACACGAGAGAAUGCACACAGGAGAAAAGCCUUACCACUGCUCCCAGUGUGGGAAGGGUUGUAACCAGUUAGGUGACCUGAAACGACAUGAGAGAAUACACACAGGAGAAAAUCUGUGCUAUUGCUCCCAGUGUGGAAAGGGUUGCAACCACUUAGGUGACCUGAAACGACAUGAGAGAAUACACACAGGAGAAAAUCUGUACUAUUGCUCCCAGUGUGGAAAGGGUUGUAACCACUUAGGUGACCUGAAACGACAUGAGAGAAUACACACAGGAGAAAAGCUGUACCACUGCUCCCAGUGUGGAAAGAGUUUUACCCACUUACGUAACCUGAAAACACAUGAGAUAAUACAUACAGGGGAGAAGCCUUACCACUGCUCCCAGUGUGGAAAGAGUUUUAUCCACUUAUGUAACCUGAAAACACACAAGCAAUUACACACAGGGGAGAAGCCUUACCACUGCUCCCAGUGUGGAAAGAGUUUUAAUCAGAAAAGCUACCUUAAAAAACAUGAGAGAUCACACACAGGAGACAAGCCUUACCACUGCUCCCAGUGUGGUAAGGGUUGUAACCAGUUAGGGGACCUGAAACAACAUGAGAGAGUACACACAGGAGAAAAGCUGUACCACUGCUCCCAGUGUGGAAAGGAUUUUACCCAGUUAGGGGUCCUGAAACGGCAUGAGAGAAUACACACAGGAGAGAAGCCUUACCACUGCUCCCAGUGUGGAAAGGAUUUUACCCAGUUAGGGGACCUGAAACGGCAUGAGAGAAUACACGCAGGAGAAAAGCUGUACCACUGCUCCCAGUGUGGAAAGAGUUUUACCCAGUUUUUAAACUUGAAAACACAUGAGAGAAUACACACACAGGGGAGAAGCCUUACCACUCCUCCCAGUUUGGAAAUCGUUUUAAUCAGUUAG